CUGCCGCCGCCGCGGCCCCGCUGCCGCCCGGCCCGGCCCCGGGGCGCCCCCGCCGGCCCCCUUCCGUCUGCCUCCCUGGCCGGCUCCCGUCGCGUCGGCCCGGCUCCUCUGGCUCAUCGGACGCCCCGGCCCGACCAUGGCGGACUUCGAUGAGAUCUACGAGGAGGAGGAGGACGAGGAACGGGCGCUGGAGGAGCAGCUCCUGAAGUACUCCCCCGACCCGGUGGUGGUGCGCGGCUCUGGCCAUGUCACCGUGUUUGGACUAAGCAACAAAUUUGAAGCAGAAUUUCCUUCAUCUUUAACUGGAAAGGUUGCACCUGAAGAAUUCAAAGCCAGCAUCAGUAGAGUUAACAGUUGUCUUAAGAAGAAUCUUCCAGUUAAUGUGCGAUGGCUGCUAUGUGGAUGCCUUUGCUGCUGCUGCACUUUAGGUUGUAGUAUGUGGCCAGUUAUCUGCCUCAGUAAAAGAACACGAAGAUCGAUUGAGAAGUUAUUAGAAUGGGAAAACAAUAGGUUAUACCACAAGCUGUGCUUGCAUUGGAGACUAAGCAAAAGGAAAUGUGAAACGAAUAACAUGAUGGAAUAUGUCAUCCUUAUAGAAUUUUUACCAAAGACACCGAUUUUUCGACCGGAUUAGCAUUUGAUUUAUUUAUAGAGACUUAUUCAAUCAUAGGUGGAAAUAAGUUCUGAGAGAGAAGGACUGAGGAGCUCAUCUGUUGUCAAGUAGUUGUGACUCCAAGUUUAUAUUGGGAUUGACAAACUUCACCAGAAAUGAAAAUGUUUAUGGAGAUACAGGAAGUCAGUAAAUUUUUUGUAAUAGGUCAGUAAGAGUAAUUUUAAUAAACUAUUUGUGCAAAUCCAGAAUUUCCCAUGAUAUUUAAACCCAAGAAAAAUAGUUUAUAAAAACUUUUUACAGUACUUAGAUGCAAAUUAUAAUCUCUAAAUCAAUUUGUUAAAUGAUAAGUUUUUGUAAUUUUCAACACCAUUAUGUUUAAAUGUAAUACAUUGUCUCUCAGAUACAGGCUUACUUAAAAGUCAGUUUUAAUUUUUUUUUAUUUCUAAAAGUCAUUAUUUAGCCCCAAAGAUUAUAGGAAGAGCUUUAAAAUGCAGUCUGUAACUGCUUAGAAGCCACAGGAGCCAAGGAAAAAGAACGUGUCUUUAUUCCCUUCCCUCCCCCCCACCCCAAAGUCUUAAUUUUAAAUUGGUCCCCUUGUUUUGGAGCCCUAGUUUAUGGGUUUUGAGCAGCUGGCAAUAAUGCAAAUUGUCCACCAAAAACCCCAUUUGAAUUCUGAACAGUUUAAAGAGAUCACUUUAAUUGAAGAGGUGAAAGACUUGUUAAGCAAAGAAAAUCCGUGGUUCUUUUAAGUUCUCCCAGCACUGCUGUUGAGUAAUUAAAAUAAGGAUCAUGAUGAUCCUACAUUAGGUCAAAAUCCAGAUGAUUUUGUGUAAAGGAAACACUCAAUUAGAGAGGUCUCAGAGCCUCAAAUGUCUUGGAUUCAUAGUAGUGACUUAUUAAGGAUAAGUGGCGCUGGCUAGUUUUGUACCUGUGACUAAAAUCAUUUGUGUUGCUCUUCAGCAACCUUGCUUAUGAAAAGAAAGCAUUUCAGAAAUCUGUAUUCAUCACUGCUAAUUUGCUGUAAUUUCUGUGCUUCUCCCUAUAGCCAUGUUGCAUUUCCAUGACAAACAGCUAAGUGUAUGAUCAUUAUAAUGCCUUUAAUAGCCAUAUUGUAGGUAGAAAUAUUAACUUCUCAGGGACUAAUAGGAAAUAUGAACAUGGAAUUAAUGAGCUGAAUACCUAUCUGCAUGAAGGCUUACUUUGCAAAUGUCACCCUAGAAAAUUGAUUGUAAUAUGCAUGACCAUUAUGAAUGUUAUUCAAUAUAAAGUUAUGAGAGCUUCUUUUACCCUGUAUUACUAGGCUGCUGAAUGGCAAAGUAUGUUGGAUAAGGAUAAAUGAAGGGGUUUUUUUCUGAUUUGGAUGGAUUGGUUAUUUCUAAUGGUGCUACCUUCUUAAUUCCCGUGUUUAUUCUUUGUAAAGUUUUCUCUGUAGGCUGGGUGAAUCAAGGGAUACUGGUGUACUAAGAAAACAGUAUCAUUCUUCUUAAGAAAGUAGAAUAAUUUCAAGGGGCAAAGUACUCAAGAAGUAAAAAAAGUCACUGCUAAAAACAUGCAUUUAUUCUUCAUUAGAUAUCCAUUUCUGCUGUUUUGUUGGUAACAGUACUUUGCAGUUCAUUAUUUUUUGAAUUUUCAUCUUUCAGUGAUGUCAGUGUAUAUAUCAGUCAGUGUAGGCUGAAUUAGAAACCAUGUUUGAAAAAUUAAAACCCCCUGUUUCCUUGCUUGAAAAGUCAUAUGUUGACACUUGUGCUGAUGUAUGUAUGUAUUCCUGCCAUAUAACACCUGUGUAAUAUGCAUCUUUUAUAAAACUACAUUUUAUUGGUUUCAUGGAAGUUGUCCUUUAAAAAAAGUCUUCUGGUUUGUUUAGUUCAUUAAUAUUUCAUUAUGAGUUAUUUUCUUGAAGAAGGAUUCAUAAAUGUUUGGCUCUUCAAAAUACAACAGAUCGGUAGGAACAAUUUAGUGAGGCAAAAAAUGAAAUAUAGGAAUUAGGAGAAGCAACACUCAAAAGAUUGGAUUGGGGGAUUAGGUUUAGAGUUCUGUGGGUAUGGCAGAAAAUAGUUUUGAACUGAAUGAAAUGAUAUUGAAUGAUGCACAUUAAGCAAAAGCUAGCAGUUCAUUUCAGUAACUAUGUAGACUGUGUAUUAACUUCUGUUCACUUUUUUAUUUUGGUGUGUUAUUGACUUAUUUUGGUUAUGCUCUAGUUGAUAGACAAUUCUGCUGUCAUGCAGAAUAAUAAUGCAGAAGGUAAGCUUUCUUCUAAACUCAGCAUCUCUUAAUUUAAAAUAGACCAAAAUGGAAUUGCUGAUGAGAGCUGCGCUGAGUGCAGAGCAGUCUUUUCCUAAGCUGGAGCCUGUAAUGCAUGACUAAUUGAUUCCAAAGAAAAUUCUUGACCUGUCCAGACAGCUCCUGUCAUGUGACAGUAUAUCUAAGGCCCACAAGUAGGAUCCAGUUAGUACAAUUUAUGUUCAGGUAAGUAAGACUUUUGUAGUUAAUUGUAGUUUUUUUGGAGAAGGGAACCAUUGACAAAUGCUUGUUUUGAGAGAAAAAAUAGAGUUUUAUAAUGUUUAUUGAAACAUGCUUUUUUCUUAUUUGCUCCUCAUUUAUAGCUUAAUAAAUGAAAGUUACUUUGCCUCGUGUUGAAAGUAGUAGUCAGCUGAAGACUUUUUUUUGUUACAGUGUUUUAAGUUUAUGAAUACAUUUUUAAGUCAUGUUUAGAAAUGUUUCAAAGUCAUAUCCUGAUGCAGUGUAACUGAUAUUUUUAGUGGCUGUAUGUUUAAACUGGUUUCAUUGUACUGAUAUUAAUAUCUAACUCAUCCACUCCAAGUAUGUAUCUCUGAUCCUUUUAUGCUAGCAAUAGGCUUUCUAGCUUGUUAGGAUAUGCAGUGUACCUACUGGCUAAUAUUGUCAAUGAACAGUUUGGUUCAGUGGGAUAACAGGGAAUGUGAAGUAGUUCCUGAUUUAACAAGUGUAACCCAGAUUCUUGUUUUCAUAGAGUCUGGGAAUCAGAAUAUGAACUCAUUCCAAACAUGAAUUUGAAAGAGAGUAGUAAACUACAAAACAGUGCCUAAAUGUUGUGUGCUAAAUUAGACCUGUGUAACUCAUGUUGCAUUAAAAGAAUUUGCAGAGAAUUGCAUUGGGCUGCGUGUGCUUAGCAAAGACCUUUUAAAUGUAUGAAGCAGUAAUGGUAAAUAAGUCACUGAAAAGAUGUUGCCAUCAAGAGGGAAAACAAACCCCGGUAUUUUGGAGUAUGUUAAAAAUCCAUUUCAAGCAGAAAACGUGUCAGCAAUAAUUUAACCUAAAACUGGAAAUUAAAGAAGCUGCUACUUAUAGAGAGACUUGAUGUUAAUUUUGCCUGUCGGGCAUCUCUCCUCUCACAAAGAGUUUAGAAAGAUAGGUUUGCUGUGAUUUCCACUAUUGUAACAUUCCUCUUCAAGUAUCCUAAGUCCAGGUGAGAGACUCAAAGCUUAGUAACCAGCACUGUGUUUACAGGGUGCACAGCUUUGGGAGGAAAAGAUAGGAAUAAAAAGACUUUUUUAAGGCUGCACAAUUGUAUAUAUGCAUAUUUAAGAGUAUUUAACCAUGUCUGCUAAAUUACUGAGGCUAAUCUAUUGUUGAAUUCCAGAAUAUUAUUUAAUACAUUGACAUUGGUUUUUCCUGACCUGACCAAGAAUUGGAAAGGACUCCAAUAUUACUUUUUUUUUAAAGCAUUUCUUAAGUUGUAUGUAUUAUAAACUAAUAAAAUAAUUGUUUAACCUA